AAUUGAAGCUUUUGAAGUCUUAUACAGCGAAUUCACCGACUGGCUGGCUGGCUAUCUUCCCCAGUAAACUUUUGACUUUUGGGUUUUAGAUCCUUUUUCUUAUCAGCGAAUUCAUUUUCAAUUUGUCAUAUCUCCUGAUAUAACUAACUAUUGGCUCCCAGGAGAUUUUGUGAUAAACAACAACUGGGUAUCAUCCGGCUGGACGGACACCCAGGGUGAUUAGUGUUAUUGUGUACAAAGAACGAACUAAAACUAGCUUUUUAUCCAUGGGAUUGCAAAUGCUUGAAGAACCAGUUACUAAUCCAUGUUCCUUACCCCAAGAAAUCCUUCAUCAAUUAUUUGUUGCUUCUGAUUCAUCAAAUCUAGAGAAUGCUUUGAAAGUUCUGAUAGAUGCUUCUAGAACUUCUGGUGGUCGAUCCAACCUUGCCUCCAAGUCCCUCCUCCCAGUCGUGCUUAAUCUAUGUCAACAUCUCUCCAAGUCUUCUUCUUCUUCUCUUGAUCUUCUCCUACUGUCAUUGAAGCUAUUGAGAAACUUAUGUGCUGGUGAAUUAAUAAACCAGAACUUAUUUAUCGAGAAUAAUGGAAUUGAGAUUCUUAUGAGUAUAUUAGAUUCUUGUGAAGGAGUCUCCAGUUUACCUUAUGAAAUUACUAGAAUGACCUUGCAAGUUAUAGCCAACGUCUCGUUAGCUGGAGAGGUGCAUCAGCAUUCUAUUUGGCACCAUCUUUUUCCUGUUAAGUUUUACGAGAUUGCAAUGGUGCGACGAAAGGAAGUUUCUGAUCCUUUAUGCAUGGUUAUCUAUACGUGUUGUGACAGAAGCCGAGUAAUUAUCGAUCAACUUUGUCGUGAUCAAGGGAUUUCAAUAUUGGUACAAAUUAUACGCACUGCAUCUGAAGUUGGGUUUGAUGAGAACUGGGUAAAGCUUCUUUUGUCAAGAAUCUGCUUAGAAGAGGAAGAAGAAGAAGCAUGUUUUCCUGAACUGUUUUCUGCACUAUAUUCGUCUGGAGAAACUAAGUUUAUGACCGACCAUGUUUUUCUUUUAAGUAUUCUGUCGGAGAUCUUGAAUGAGCAGUUAGGUGGGAAUGGCAUGCCCGUUUCCAGUGACUUUGCUUCAUAUAUUCUAGGGAUAUUCAAGCAAAGUGCCGCGCUGAUUGAUUUCAAAUCAGGUUCAAAGUCUAGUCUUCCUACAGGAAUUGUUGCUGUUGAUGUUCUUGGAUAUUCACUCACUAUUUUGAGGGAUAUUUGUGCGAAUGAUGGCCCUGGAAGUUGUAUUGCUUCUUUAUUAUCCUCUAGCCUUAUGGAACUUCUUCUGCAAUUGCUUGCCAACCUUGAACCUCCAGAAAGUAUGAAGAAACCAAUGAAUAGUUCUUCUGAUAGGUCAGUUUCAUCUGGCUCUAGAAAGGCGGUUUGUCCAUACCGAGGAUUCCGGAGAGAUAUUGUUGCGGUUAUAGGGAAUUGUGUUUACAGAAGGAAGGAGGUUCAAGACGAAGUGAGGGAGAGGAAGGGUAUAUUUGUGUUGUUGCAGCAGUGUGUAAUUGACGAAGAGAAUCCGUUCUUGAGGGAGUGGGGGUUAUGGGCUGUGAGAAACUUAUUAGAAGGUAAUAUGGAGAAUCAAAGAUUUGUUUCGGAAUUGGAACUGCAGGGAGCAGCAGAUGUGCCUGAGAUUUCGAGACUUGGUCUGAAAAUUGAGGUCGAUCCUAAGACUCAACGCCCUAAGCUUGUGAACUUGCCCUCAGAUUGUAGGUAAUAUAAAUGCUAACAUUUUAUCUCUUGGUAAGACUUUUAUCAAUUGAAUUAUCCUAGUGUGUCUUGACUCUUGUCAAUCAAUUUUUUUUUCCAUACUUUGUAUGAUGGAUAUAGAGUUAAGAUCAUAUAAUUUAUACUAGAAUAA